CUGCAAGCUGCAUCAGCUUUAUCCUACUUGUUCCUUUGGUGAACCAGGUUCACUUUAACUUGUAAAAAGAUGACCGACCUCUUGAGAAGUGUUGUCACUGUCAUUGACGUUUUCUACAAAUACACCAAGCAAGAUGAGGAAUGUGGCACACUGAGCAAGGAUGAACUAAAGGAACUUCUGGAAAAAGAGUUUCGUCCAAUUCUGAAGAACCCAGAUGAUCCAGACACAGUGGAUGUCAUCAUGCACAUGCUGGAUCGAGAUCAUGACAGAAGAUUGGACUUUACUGAGUUUCUUUUGAUGGUAUUCAAGCUGGCUCUGGCCUGCAACAAGGUUCUCGGCAAAGAAUACUGCAAAGCUUCAGGGUCAAAGAAGCGUAGGCAUGGUCACCAACACCAAGAGGAAGAAAGUGAAACAGAAGAGGAUGAAGAGGAUACACCAGGACGUAAAUCAGGUUACAGACAUUCAAGUUGGAGUGAGGGAGAGAAGCAUGGAUAUAGUUCUGGGGACUGGAGGGGAACUGUGAAACGUAGACAUGGGUCCAACUCCAGGAGGCUAGGAAGACAAGGUAAUUUAUCCAGCUCUGGGAACCAAGAGAGAUCUGAGAAAAGACACCAUAGGUCCAGCUCUGGUCACUCAUGGAGUAGUGGCAAAGAGAGACAUGGUUCCAGCUCUGGAGAACUGGGAGAAAGAAUAAACAAGUCACAUGUUAGCCCUUCUAGGGAAUCUGGGGAAGAAUAUGAAUCUGGAUGUGGAUCAAAGAGUUGGGGAAGGAAAGGUCAUGGAGGUGUGUCAUGUGGAUUGGAGACUAGUCAGCAUGAAUCAAACUCUACUCAGUCAAGAAGUAGAGGACAAAAGCUUGAGUCUAACCAUUCAGAUUCAGGAGGUAGUGGGAGGCGAAGUUAUGCAUGUGGUUAUAGCAAUUCGGGUGGGUGUGGAAGACCACAAACUGCUUCUAGUUCUUUCCAGCCACAUAGAUUUGGAGGGCAAGGAUAUCAAUCUAGCUGUACUCAGUCAGGCUGUCAGUCAGAAAUUAAUGGAGGACAAGGCCAUGGCUGUGUCUCAGGAGGUCAGCCCUCUGGAUGUGGCCAACCUGAGUCUAACUCCUGUGGCCAGUCCUAUAGUCAGAGAGGUUAUGGAGCUAGAGAACAUGGUCAACCACAGAACUCUGGCGGACAACAGAGAACAGGCACAAGUCAAUCCUCUUGUGGACAAUACAGGUCUGCAGGUAGUCAGUCUUGUAGUAGUGGUCAAAAUGAAUAUGGCUCCUGUGGCCACUUUUCAAACUCUUCUAGUUCAAAUGAAUUUUCCAAAUGUGGUCAACAUGGGUCUGGUUCAGAUCAGUCUACUAGCUGUGAACAACAUGGAACAGGCUUGAGUCAAUCAUCUGGCUUUGAACAACACGUAUCUGGCUCAGGUCAAACUUGUGGCCAGCAUGGGUCUAGGUCAAGUCAAUCCUCGGGCUAUGACCAGCAUGGGUAUAGCUCAGGUCAGACAUCUGGCUUUGGACAACAUGGGUCUGGCUCAGGUCUGUCCUCUGGCUUUGGACAAUGUGGGUCAGGUUCAGGUCAAUCAUCUGGUUAUGGCCAACAUGAAUCAGGCUCACAUCAGUCCUCUGGCUUUGGACAGCAUGGGUCUGGCUCAGGACAAUCCUCUGGUUUUGGACAGCAUGAAUCUAGAUCAGGUCAGUCUAGUUAUGGCCAACAUGGUUCUGGAUCAAGUCAAUCAUCUGGCUAUGGCCAACAUGGGUCUAGACAAACAACUGGCUUUGGACAACAUGGGUCGGGCUCAGGUCAAUCUGCUGGCUUUGGCCAAUAUGGAUCGGGCUCAGGUCAGUCCUCUGGCUUCAGACAACAUGGGUCUGGCUCAGGACAGUCCUCUAGUUUUGGGCAACAUGAGUCUAGAUCAGGUCAUUCUAGCUAUGGCCAACAUGGUUUUAGCUCAAGUCAAUCCUCUGGCUAUGGUCAACAUGGGUCAAGUUCAGGACAGACAUCUGGCUUUGGACAACAUGAGUCAGGCUCAGGUCAAUCCUCUGGCUUUGGCCAACAUGGAUCGGGUUCAGGUCAGUCCUCUGGCUUUGGACAACAUGGGUCAGGCACAGGACAAUCCUCUGGCUUUGAACAGCAUCAGUACAGAUCAGGUCAGUCUAGCUAUGGUCAACAUGGUACUGGCUCAAGUCAAUCAUCUGGCUAUGGUCAACAUGGGUCGAGUUCAGGACAGACAUCUGGCUUUGGACAACACAGGACAGGCUCAGGUCAAUCCUCUGGCUUUGGCCAAUAUGGAUCAGGCUCAGGUCAGUCCUCUGGCUUUGGGCAACACGGGUCAGGCACAGGACAAUCCUCUGGCUUUGAACAGCAUCAGUACAGAUCAGGUCAGUCUAGCUAUGGUCAACAUGGUACUGGCUCAAGUCAAUCAUCUGGCUAUGGUCAAUAUGGGUCGAGUUCAGGACAGACAUCUGGCUUUGGACAACACAGGACAGGCUCAGGUCAAUCCUCUGGCUUUGGCCAAUAUGGAUCAGGCUCAGGUCAGUCCUCUGGCUUUGGGCAACACGGGUCAGGCACAGGACAAUCCUCUGGCUUUGAACAGCAUCAGUACAGAUCAGGUCAGUCUAGCUAUGGUCAACAUGGUACUGGCUCAAGUCAAUCAUCUGGCUAUGGUCAAUAUGGGUCGAGUUCAGGACAGACAUCUGGCUUUGGACAACACAGGACAGGCUCAGGUCAAUCCUCUGGCUUUGGCCAAUAUGGAUCAGGCUCAGGUCAGUCCUCUGGCUUUGGACAACACGGGUCAGGCACAGGACAAUCCUCUGGCUUUGAACAGCAUCAGUACAGAUCAGGUCAGUCUAGCUAUGGUCAACAUGGUACUGGCUCAAGUCAAUCAUCUGGCUAUGGUCAACAUGGGUCAGGCUCAGAUGCAACCACAGGUUUUGGACAGCAUGAGUCUGGCUCAGGCCAUUUCUCUAGUUCAGGACAACAUAUAUCUGGCUCAGGUCAGUCUACUAGAUUUGGCCAAUAUGGUUCAGGCUCAGGUCAAUCAACAGGCUUGGGCCAGCAUGUAUCUCAACAAGGAGAGUUAGGAUCCACAGUUCACAGGAGACAGGAAACUACUCAUGGUCAGACAGUAGAUACCACUAGACAUGGCCAGUCUGGUCAUGGACAAUCCACAACGAUAGGGUCCAGGACAACCAGAAGACGAAGAUCAAGCCAGAGUGAGAACAAUGACACUGAGGUGCACUCAGGGAUCUCACACAGACCACACUCACGAGAACACACUCAGGGUGAAGCUGAAUCUCAGGAUGGAGACUCAGAAUACACAGUUCAGGAAAGACACAGAACUACUCAUGGACAGACAGGAGAUGAUAUUGGACAUGCCCACUCUGGUUAUGGACAAGCCACACAGAGAGGAUCCAGGACAACUGGAAAUAGGGGAUCUGACCACAGUGAGUUCAGUGACAGUGAGGUGCACUCAGGCGUUUCACACACACAUUCAGGACACACUCAUGGCCAAGCUGGAUCUCAACAUGGAGAGUCAGGAUCCACAGUUCAUGGAAGACACAGAACUACUCAUGGACAGACAGGAGAUAGCACUAGACAUGGCCAGUCUGGUCAUGGACAGUCCAUACAGACAGGGUCCAGGACAACUGGAAGAAGAGGAUCUGGCCACCGUGAGUCCAGUGACAGUGAGGUGCACUCAGGGGUCUCACAGAGACAUUCAGGACACACUCAGGGUCAAGCUGGAUCUCAACAUGGAGAGUCAGGAUCCACAGUUCAUGGGAGACACGGAACUACUCAUGGACAGACAGGAGAUAGCACUAGACAUGGCCAGUUUGGUCAUGGACAGUCCACACAGACAGGGUCCAGAACAACUGGAGGACACAGAUCUAGCCACCGUGAGUCCAGUGACAGUGAGCUGCACUCAGGGGUCUCACACACACAUUCAGGACACACUCACAGCCAAGCUGGAUCUCAACAUGGAGAGUCAGGAUCCACAGUUGAUGAGAGACACAGAACUACUCAUGGACAGACAGGAGAUAGCACUAGACAUGGCCAGUCUAGACAUGGACAGUCCACACAGACAGGGUCCAGGACAACUGGAAGAAGAGGAUCUGGCCACAGUGAGUCGAGUGACAGUGAGGUGCAUUCAGGGGUCUCACACACACAUUCAGGACACACUCACGGCCAAGCUGGAUCUCAACAUGAAGAGUCAGGAUCCACAGUUCAUGGGAGACACGGAACUACUCAUGGACAGACAGGAGAUAGCACUAGACAUGGCCAGUUUGGUCAUGGACAGUCCACACAGACAGGGUCCAGAACAACUGGAGGACACAGAUCUAGCCACCGUGAGUCCAGUGACAGUGAGCUGCACUCAGGGGUCUCACACACACAUUCAGGACACACUCACGGCCAAGCUGGAUCUCAACAUGAAGAGUCAGGAUUCACAGUUCAUGGGAGACAUGGAACUACUCAUGGACAGACAGGAGAUAGCACUAGACAUGGCCAGUCUGGUCAUGGACAGUCCACACAGACAGGGUCCAGGACAACUGGAAGAAGAGGAUCUGGCCACAGUGAGUCGAGUGACAGUGAGGUGCACUCAGGGGUCUCACAGAGACAUUCAGGACACACUCAUGGCCAAGCUGGAUCUCAACAUGGAGAGUCAGGAUCCACAGUUCAUGGGAGACACGGAACUACUCACGGACAGACAGGAGAUAGCACUAGACAUGGCCAGUCGAGUCAUGGACAGUCCACACAGACAGGGUCCAGAACAAUUGGAAGACACAGAUUUAGCCACAGUGAGUCGACUGACAGUGAGGUGCAUUCAGGGGUCUCACACACACAUUCAGGACACACUCACGGCCAAGCUGGAUCUCAACAUGGAGAGUCAGGAUCCACAGGUGAAGGAAGACAGAGAACUACUCAUGGAGAGAGAGGAGAUAGCACUAGAUAUGGUCAUUCUGGUCAUGGACAGUCCACACAGACAGGGUCCAGGACAACUAGAAAACAGAGAUCUAGCCACAGUGAAUCCAGUGACAGUGAGGUGCACUCAGGGGCCUCACACACACAUUCAGGACACACACACGGCCAAGCUGAAUCUCAACAUGCAGAGUUAGGAUCCACAGCUCACAGGAGACAGGAAACUACUCAUGGACAGACAGAAGAUAGCACUCGACAUGGUUAUUCUGGUCAUGGACAAUCCACACAGACAGGUUCCAGAUCUACGAGAAAAAGUCAUUUUCAGUCACAUAGCAAUGAAAGACAAAGGCAUGGAUCAAGUCAAUCUUGGAAACAUGGCAGCUAUGGAUCUGCAGAAUAUGACUAUGGGCACACUGGGUAUGGGCCUUCUGGGGACAGCAGACAAAGCAGCUAGAAUUGUCGCCUCACAUGGUCUAUUGGUAGCACUGCAAACAAGCAACUGUCUAAACAUUGACAAUUAUUUUCUAGUUCUGACCUUAUAGGAUCCAAAGCAACUAAAAGAACAGGAAAACAAGGUUUAAUUCAUAAACAGUCAAUGAUAAGUCAUGAAAAAUCAAUUGAUUCUCAAUAUCAGUCUGGACCCAUUAUAAUUAGAAGUCAGGAAUCUAGUCAUGGACAUUCAGUAGUAACUCAGAAACAGUCAAACCACACCCAUGUUUGUCCUGGAUAUAACACAGCCAGAAGGAAGGGAUGUACACAUAGGCAAUCAAGUGACCACCCUGUAUUUGGCCAUGGACACUCCAUAUCAAUUCAUAUCCAUUUAGAAUCUAGUUCAAAGAGAAAACGGGAAUCCCAUACUGAUAGUAAAAGGCAUUCAGAAGAUGGGGAGAAAGACACUCAUGAGCAAUUAGGAUCUAGGCACGAAAAGUUAGAGUUCAGUACAAUAGCUAUACAUGGAACUAGCCAGCAACAUUAGGAAGAUACAACUUCUCAUGGGCAGGUAAGAUCCAGCACAGUUCACAGGAGACAGGAAACUACUGUUUUGCCAGAUACCUGUUUUGCCAGACAGGGAUCAAGUCAUGGGCAAUCAAGAGAUGCCCAGGGUCAAACUGGAUUCAGUGCCAAUGAAAGACAAGUAUACAUCCAUGGCCAAUUAAGUGACAGUUAUGAGCAGUCAAAUGAUAGCUAAAGUCAAAGAUACAUUUUCAGUCACUUUCUUGAUUGCCAAGACCCUACAGAAAUUGAAGAGUAAAAUUACAGAUAUUCAUCAAGCAGUACAACCACAUGCGGUGGGGGAGACAAAGGCAAGAGUCAGAAUCAAGUCUAUCAAGAGGUAUCAGAAUAUACAGUCAGGAUGUGGGCAAUAAACAGAGAAGAGGCUCUGAGGAGAGGGGUUACCAUGGAAAGGAAAGAACAGACUCAGGUUCCUUCUGCUUAGUAGCAACAUCCCACUCUAUGAAUAUGUCCAAGAACAAAGGAGUUAUUACUUUGAAUAAGAAACCAACACAAACUAGCCCAAGAUAAGAAUUAGCCCAGAGAAGAAAUGAGACACAUACAUGAAAUAAGGUAUUUAACAUUAUCUCUUCUUUUUGGUAGCAGGGGUAUAUAUCUGUUUUUUCAUUUUAACUAUAGUUCUGUACUAUAUUACUUUUAUUUGGUGCCAGGUGUUUUUGUAAGGCUCCAUGUUCUUUGAACUCCUUGGUU